UUAGUUAGAUCCUCCCUGUAGUGACGUCAUGUUAUUGGUAGCCUAUCGUCCCGCAGGGAGGUGUGUAUAAAUGGCUGUUUGGUGCGGGCCGGAUGUGCGUCAUCUGUUCUGUGCCUGCGCUCUUCCUGUUUACCGGCAUUCAACAGAGGUCUGUGGUUAAAACACAGCCGUGUGGACAUUCUAACACCGCUUGUGUCAUUUGGUAGGGCUUUGUGUACACUGAAGAGUCUAUUGUAAACAACCGUUACGUGCUGUCUGGCUCGUUACACUGCCUAGUCCCAGCAUUCCCGUGUGUUUACCGUUUGAGUUGGGACAUCCAAUAUAUGCUGUUUGGCAUCUACUUUGUUUCUAUCCCGUGGAUACUGACGUCAGCUCUGCUUUUUGGUGUGGCAAGCGGCUGCAUUAUUUGGAGCUGUGUGUCCGACGGCAGUGAGGCUUUCCUUCACCGUGUGCUGUGUUAUGCUGUGUGAGCACCACUGAUAAAAUCACGGGAACAAGACAGCAGCGUAGACUCUCUUUGAAGGGUCUCUUUGGCCAUCUCUCCUGAUUGUGUUUCAGGUCCAAAUUUACUUCCUGCCCCGCCUUGCCUGGUGGUAAGUGUUUUACUAAAAUUUAGCUAUGGCAGAAGAAUUACAAGAACUUCGGGAUCUUGUGGCCCAAUUAAGAGCUGAUAAUGAGAGACUUAGACAAGAACAGACCCAGAUUGUUAUUCCAGGUCCCAGUACAGCUCCUAUUUCUACCACCUUACCCUCUGGUGCACCGCAAUCUGCUGGUGCAAAUGCCCCAUCUACUGAGAGAUUUGUGUUUGUACCCCGAGAUAGGAAGUGUCCAAAAUUUAGCGGUAGACCCGGUAUUACCAUUAAUGAAUGGGUAGAGGAGGCCCAGGCCUGUAUGCGGGUUCGCCAUUUGUCCAGAGCUGAUCAAGCAUUCUUUCUUUUUGAUAAUCUAGAGGGAGAAGCUCGGGAUGAGAUCAGGUAUCGGUCUGAGGCAGAGAGGGGGGAUCCAGAUAAGAUAAUUCAGGCCUUAAAGGAAUUGUACGGGUGUUCUUUAUCAUAUGUAGCAUUGCAACAGGCCUUUUUCUCCAGGAGGCAGCAGGAAGGAGAAACACUUUUAGAGUUCUCUAUUGCAUUGAUGGGCCUCCUGGAGGGGGUAAAACAGCAGUCGCCACAUGCCAUACCAAAUGCAGAAGCUCUAUUGCGUGACCAGUUUGUCGAGCAUGUGCUCGAUAUUGGUCUUCGUCGGGAACUUAAACAGUUAGUCCGCCGUGACCCUACCUCUUCCCUCUUAGAUGUUCGUAGCGAGGCAAUGCGCUGGGAGCGGGAGGGAAUGCCUGGGGGUGCGAGAGGGCGAAGUCAGUCCGUACCAGUGGCCUAUGGGGUUCAGUAUGCCAUACAGGGCGAGUCGCAGGCAGUUUGUUUGAGCUCCCCUCCCAAAUCGGAGCUAGCAGAGUUACGGGAAAUGUUGAAGGCACAACAAGAACAGUUAAACCAACUUACCCAAGGUUUCGCUCGCUUGCAGGUCCCUAAUUCAUAUAGCCGGUCCCCACGUUACAAUAAUAUAGUAUGUCGGAGGUGCCAACGUUCUGGCCAUUUUGCCCGGGAGUGUGAUGGAGAACGUGUUCUCCCUCGCUCUCCAGCAGUAGGUACAUCUUCGACUGGGGCUAGGCAAGUUCGAUCUUCACAGCCGUCGGAAAACUAA